UCGUCACUGAUGUUGGCCGUGAGUGGAAGUUGAACUCGGUUGGCCGGGUUCGUAGCGCAGCGUAGCGCUAACCUCUGCACUACUCCCCCCCCCCCAUUGAAUCAUUAACUCACAAGAGGACAAACCCCUUCACCGACAUGAUCAGCCGGGGGUGGCGUGGGGUGGCGUGGGGUGACCAAUAGCACGCACGGCCGCUUUCGUAUCCCUCCCCCCCCCCUCCGUGCAAUUAUUUACACAUCACUUACCUCAGGUACUCAUCUAAGAGCGAGUUGACCUCAGGGAGGACCACAGCAUGACCAGUUAUACUGUGCGCACGCACACACACACACAUAAAUCACUCGCCACCCAAUGAUGACGUUAAGUGUUAACCCGGGAAGAUAUUGGGCCGAGUUGAAUGAAGAGAGGAAACAGAACCGGCUUGGACAUCGCUCGCCAACCCACUGAUGUUUCAGCCGUGGCCAGGAAUCGAACUUUGUUCGGUGGCCGGAUGUGCAGCGUAGUGCGUUCGCCGCUCACACAGACACACAACUCGGUUGGAGGAGGGGAUUGGAGUUUGGGGAAAUUAUCAUUUAGUCGGCCACCUCGCUCAACGAUCUCCCACUUCGGGGUUUCCACGAUCACUAACCCCCGACCACGCCAGGUAACAGGGGCACGGACAACAUGUCGCUGCUCCCCACUACGGAUUCGUCGCCCGCCUGGUUCAACGACAGCGCCGGCAACGGCACGGCCGCCAGCCCGGAUGGACAGGGCGCCUACGGCAACGCCAUCAAUGCCACCGUCACGUUGGUCCUCGUCGUCACCAUGGUGUCGCUGGGCUGCACCAUGGAGCUCCAGCACAUCGGCGCACACCUCAGGAAGCCCCGGGGCAUUUUCAUCGCCGUGCUGGCGCAGUUCGGCAUCAUGCCGCUCACCGCCUUCGCCUUGGCCAAGGUCUUCCGCCUGAAUCCCGUGGAGGCCGUCACCGUCCUCAUCUGCGGCUGCUGUCCCGGAGGGAACCUCUCCAACGUGUUCGCGAUGGCGCUCGACGGAGACAUGAACCUCAGCAUCCUCAUGACCACGUGCUCCACCGUGCUGGCGCUGGGCAUGAUGCCGCUGCUGCUGUGGGCGUACAGCCACGGCCUGUCGGACACGCGCUUCGUCAUUCCCUACGCGAAGAUCUCCAUCGCCCUCGCUCUCAUCCUCUUGCCCUGCGCCGUGGGAAUCUUCAUCAACGCAAAGUUCCCCAAGUACUCGCACGUGAUCCUGCGGGCUGGGAUGGUGCUCCUGCUGGUGACCGGGAUUGUCUUCAUCGUCCUGACGGCGCUGUACGUGGGCUCCGCCAUCUGGCUCGUGUUCUCUCCCACGCUCAUCUCCAUUGCAGUGCUCAUGCCCCUGCUCGGAUACACGCUGGGAUUCGUCCUCGCGGGGAUCUUCCACCUCUCCUACAAAUGCAGACGUGCCAUCUCCAUGGAAACAGGAUUCCAGAACCUGCAGCUGUGCUCCGCCAUCCUGAGGCUGACCUUUGACCCGAAAGUGAUCGGCCCGCUUUACCUAUUCCCGCUGCUCUACAUCAUCUUCCAGAUUUCGAUGGCGCUGCUGCUCGUGCUCACGUUCCGGUUGUACGUCCACUGCUACCGGCAAAAAGAACAGCGCCACACCGAGGCAACCGUCGAGAUCUACAGCAUCAAGCUUGAAGGUGAAGUUGUGGAGUUGGAUGGCGGUAUGUCAAGGCACAAGAGUGAAGAUGACAGAAAGGAAUCUUUUUUCCGGAACAGCCUUUUGACUUUGUUUAAACUAGGCCUCAACUUAAGCUGCCCUGCACUUGUUUUAGUGAUAUGGGAGGACUUUGCCUAUGGAGCAGAAUGAUCACCGAGCUCGUGGUUUUUGAAGUCACACCAGAAAUUACCGUGGAUUUAGCAACCACAUUUUUUUGCGGAGGGCCUGUGAUGCAGAGGUCAGAGCACAGAGCUGGUGCCUAAACCAUCCUGGCUUUGAAUCCAGACAGCUGCCUAUGAUCAAACUGGGCUCCCAAGUGUCAAUACCGUUGUUGAUUGUCUCAGUCAAGUGACCAAAGGCUGCAUUUUAAUUUGGCGAAUUUCCACCUGUUCAGAGGCAUUCUCAGUGGCGGCAGAGGUGGUUUGGGAAGUGCGACUCCUUCCCGUGUGCAACGUGUCUCAGCUGCUCUGCUCCGUCACCAUGUGGAUCGUGGGUUCACUUGAAGGAAUUUCGGAGGAAGCGAGCUCUGUGCCCCACGUUUUGGUGGGCCGAUGUCUAAUACGAAGAGCUGCACUGAUCUGUUGAGAUAUUCGAAUGAACACUUCAUAUCAGAACUUACCUCAAUCUGGAUGCAAUUGGGAAAAAAAAAUACAAAAGUAAUUAAAAAAGCAAACGAACUGAAUUGUGUCUAUUUGCUUUAGUUAUGUUGUCUUGACGACACAGUGUGUCGAUAACUUGAUCUUGUAACUCCGUGGCUUUGUCAUCUUCGUUCAAAGAGAGCCUCGAUUUAUUAUAAUCUACUAAGCGUGUGUGUGGCCAGAUUUGUAUCUGGGGAGCGGCAGUGUAGUGGUUAUCAUGCUGUGCAUAUGAACCUGGCAACCCGGGUCUGAUUCCUGCUGACGGCCAACACCGGUGACGAUUAUUUGAACCGGUCCUGGGCCUCACCUAGGUCGACUCAGCCUCGAAUGAGUUCUUGGUGCGAUGUGUAAACAUCGCCACUGGGGAGACAAAGGCGGCCAGGGCAUGGUGCUGGCCACCCACACGCUCGUGUGCCAUGCCGGCCUUCAUAGGUGCUCGCUAACAGUGCUUGCCCCAACAGUCUGUUAAGGCUACACGGGGAAUCUUUUUGGCCAGAUUUGUAUAACUCUUAUUGAUACCGGGUAGAAGUAUGGGGUGCGUCCUACUUUCCGGAACAUCUCAUAAUCCGGAGAAUGCCAUCAAAGUAAAAAUGUCUUAAGCGCGGUACAGCAAUUAACGAUGUGCCUGGACCAUGUUGUCAAAACUUCUUGGAGAUGUUCCACGUUCAGGGCCAAAUAAUUUACUGCACUUUGUUGCAACAAAAAAAAUCCUUUGUUAAAGUUUGUUGAUUAAAAAGUAAAUCAAAACGGCUUUCAUAUAAAUUGCCGACACACUAACAAUCUUCCCGAUAUUUUAUGGAAACUCUUCAUCUGUGCUUGCCAUGAUCAUCAUCACCUGCGUCACCGGCUAUGAUCAAUCCGCUGCUGGAUGAUGGCCUACUCAAGCCGUCACCAUCCCUCGCGAGCCUGCGAUGCAACACAAUCCAUCUAGCACCUGCACACAAUUUCAUCGCUCCAUCUCUCCUCUGACGUACCUGAGUGGUGUGUAUGUACUGAGUAUCUGUAAAUAAUCUCCCAAGCUGAGCAAUACGUUACAAUAUGUUGAAGAACCUGCUGAAUUUCCAUAACACGAUAUAUUUUGUAAAUGUUGUGGGUUUACUCUCCAACA